CGUCAUCGCCCUGACGUCAGAGCGUGGAGGUGGGUCAGAGGUAAACAUGGCGCGCGGUGCACUGUGCAGGGCUGUCGGUGUGUUCCGGCUCUGCAGGACUUCAGCUCCGCUCUCAUGGACCCGGUUCUACUCUCACACCGAACCGGAACCGCUGACGCUGAGACAGCAGAGCGGCGGGAUCAGGAGAAUAACGCUGAACAAUCCCAGGAAGAGGAACGCUCUGUCUUUGUCCAUGCUGGAGUCUCUCCGAGAAAACAUCCUGACCGAUGUGGACAGUGACGAUCUCAGAGUUAUCAUCAUAUCAGCUAAAGGUCCGGUGUUUUCGUCUGGACACGACCUGAAGGAGCUGACGUCAACUCAGGGCCGAGACUAUCACACAAAGGUGUUUCACACCUGUGCAGAGGUCAUGACUCUAAUACAAGACAUACCUGUUCCGGUGAUCGCCAUGGUGAACGGCGUUGCCACGGCGGCCGGUUGCCAGCUCGUUGCCAGCUGCGACGUCGCCGUGGCGACGCAGAAGUCGACCUUUGCCACUCCGGGCGUCAACGUGGGUCUGUUCUGCUCGACGCCGGCGGUGGCCAUCGGCAGAGCCGUGCCGAGAAAGGUUGCCAUGGAGAUGCUGUUCACGGGAACUCCCAUCUCGGCCCGCGAUGCUUUGCUGCACGGCCUCAUCAGUAAGGUGGUGCCAGAAGAGCAACUGGAGGAGGAGACGAUGGCCAUCGCCCAGCGGGUGUGUCAGGCCAGCCGACCUGUCGUCGCCCUCGGCAAGGCCACGUUCCAAAGACAAAUGGCUCAGGGUCGAGAUGCAGCGUAUGCAACCGCCUCCAAGGUGAUGGUUGACAACCUGGCUCUAAGAGACGGACAGGAGGGGAUCCGAGCUUUUAUAGAGAAACGCAAGCCAGUGUGGAGCAAUAAAGUAGAUAAAGCCCAUGACUGAUGGACCUUUUAUCACAGCAAUGAUGUAGUGAUUAUCCUGACUGGUCACUGGUGUGAAGUAAUUAACACAGACUCAAGUCAAUGAGCUACGCUAUGAGUAAAAUGUACGUCAACUUCCCCGAGGAUUUCCUCCUUUACACUGAUACAAAGACGAGUAUCUGAACCGUUGUGUGCCUUUUUUAAAAGCUGCAGUGUGGAGAUGAAAUGGAAAUGCGCUCUUACCACCCAGAGGACUCAAGAUGCUUAAUGACAUAAGAGACUCAUAAAGCUAAUGGAAAAUAAAUGCUGCUCUCUGUGUUUCUGUAAUGUUAAAUGCAAUAAAUGGGAUUACAAAUCA